CAGGUUUUGCGCAGAGCGGAUGCGCACGAACACACUUCAGCCGUCUUAUUAUCUCAGAGGAGCCGUGAAAACAUUAUUGUGUUCAUCUGUGUCGAGCGAAUUCUGGCGUUACCGAUCAUUUCACAUCAAUAAACGAACAAUGAUCGAUCAUCCGGUGACUAGCAGAUGAGCCAGAUCUAACCGUCGCUUAAAAAAGGCGAAAAUUCGGCUACAUUGUCAGUAUGGCUAGCUGCGGUGAGGUCAACCUAACCGUGGACUCCUUGACUUCGGGCAAGAAGGUAAGUGGAGAGGCCGUACCUGAGGGAAGUGGGUCACCUUCAUCUCCUUCUCUGCCCGUCCCGGAGUGUCCAAUCUGCCUGCAGAGCUGCGUCCACCCUGUCCGCCUGCCGUGCCGCCACAUUUUCUGUUUCCUCUGCGUAAAAGGAGCUUCCUGGCACAGUAAACGAUGCGCCCUGUGUAGACGCGAAGUCCCUGAAGACUUCCUAGAGCGUCCGACUUUGCUCUCGCCUGAAGAGCUGAAAGCCUCUGCGACCGGUGGAUGCGGGACGGGGAGCAGCGGUCAUGCUUGGUACUACGAGGGGCGUAACGGAUGGUGGCAGUACGACGAGCGGACUAGCCGAGAGCUGGAAGAUGCGUUCAGCAAAGGCAAGAAGAGCGCCGAGAUGCUAAUUGCCGGAUUCUUGUACGUAGCCGACUUGGAAAACAUGGUGCAGUACAGGAGGAACGAACACGGGAGGAGGAGGAGGAUGAAGAGAGAUGUUGUGGACAUCCCUAAAAAAGGCGUGGCGGGAUUAAGACUCGAUCCAGAUCCUAAUUCGUCAGCCGGAGCAGUUCCGGCGCCAGCGGUUGUGAACGUUAGUGUUGACGGAGCCGCGGCCGAGCGGGAGAGUUCGGCUGAUGGAGCAGACACUGGGGUCAGCGGAGGACGUCCGCAAGGCACUUUUGUUCCCGCUCCAAUAAGGCCGCCAACUAUUUUGGGCGGCCACUUAACCAGUCCUGCAUCCUCCAGUGACAUUCAGCUCGUACAAACUCUCGCCCAACUCAACAUCAGCCCCAAUGAGCAAGAACCAGAAGAGGAAGACGCAGAGGACGAAGACGACUCAGCUGCUCCAGACGCCUCCGGAUAUGAUUCUGAAUCUGGAACCAGUGAUGAUGAUGAGCAAGUUGAGGAUGAAGAUGAAGAUGAGCACACAGAUGGGUCGCAGGGUAGGCAUAGACUGCAGCAGUUGGACAGACCGCCCCCUGGUGGAGGGCCGGCGAACAGCGGAGAUCGGUCUGGGUGCCCUGAUGGUCAGUGCACCGUUACGAAGGUCUGACCCGCAGCACAAAUAAAGGACUCCUACCCAACUACCACAAGCGCUGGGUAUUUCUGAAAUGCAAAAAAAAGAUACCAUUUAAAAUCAGAGAAAGACGGUCUUGAAUGAGGGCGGAUGGUUUUAGUGUAAGAAUAGUGCUCGACUUUCGCUUUCAGUCUUAGAGGACUGCACCAGGGCUGUACUCUUUAAUGGAAGAUACAGGCAAAACUACAAUAAAGCUUGCUUUUUUUUAAUCAUAACUUAGAGCAGUGUUUCUUAGCCACCUUCCUGGAGGAUCACCAGCACUGCAUGUUUUGGAUGUCUCUUUUGUCUGUCAGACCCAUUACAACAUGCGUCUCAAACUCAAUUCCUGGAGGGCCACAGCUCUGCCCAGUUUUGCUUUAAACACAGCUGAUCCAACUAAUAAAGAUGUUCAUGACUCUUUUGAGCACCUCGGUUGUUUGGAUCAGCUGUGUUUAAUCAGGAUUGGAGCAAAACUGUGCAGAGCUGCAAAACUGUGCAGGAAUUGAGUUUGAGACCUAAGCAUUACAGGUCUUUCAGUCUCUGCUAAUGAGCUGAUGAUCUCAAUCGGGUGUGUUUGGUUAGGGAGAUAUGAAAAAUGUGCAAAGCUGGUAAUCUUCCAGGAACAUGGUUGAGAAACACUGACUUAGAAUGAUGUGAAUCAGUCCGACCAUUACAUUUUGAUUGAAAUUUAUUUUAAAGUAACAUAAAUCACACAUUUCUGUGUGAACUUUAAAUAGAGAGUUCACCCAAAACAGAAAAUCCUGUCAUCAAUUACUCAUCCUUCACAAAACCAGAAGUUUUUAGUGUUUUUUUUUUUUUCUGUUGAAUGCUAAAAAUAUAUAUUUUGUAGAAUGCUGAAAACCUGUAACCAUUGACAUCCACUGUUGGAAAAACAAAUUCUAUGGAAGUCCAUAGUUACAGGUUUCCAAAAUAUCCUCUUUUGUGCAAGAUGUAUUAAAGAACAAACAAAAAAAGAACAACCUCAAACUGUUUAGCAUUUUCAUAACAGUUAAGCAAAUUAUUAAGUUCACACUUCACUGAAAUUCUCAUCCUAAUCCAGUAGUCUCAAACUCAAUUCCUGGAGGACCACCAGCACUGCAUGUUUGGAUGUCUGUUUUGUCUGUCACUCCCAUUACAACAUGGGUCUCAAACUCAAUUCCUGGAGGGCCACA